GGCUUUUAUGAUCUCGGGCGGAAAAAAAAGCGGUUGCUGGGUGGAAGCUGUUUUGACGCUAUUGUUUCUAAAGAGAGCUGCUUCGACUGUUAUUUUAAUUUUUCUUUUAUAUUUACUUAAUUAACUUUCAAGAAUUUAUAUUAUGCGUUUGAAGAGUUUCGCUUUGGAAAGGUUUUCUAUGGAAUACGAAGAGAAACUGAUUUUAGUUGAAAGUAAUUUCAACGAAAGGGAUACCUUUAGAGAAUCCUGAUCAACCCUCGUUGCUUCACCCUGAGUGACUUGACUAAUUUGCUUGGGCAGAGUUGAGUCUUAUUUUCACUUCAUCCUCUUCAUCGUUUAUACUUUUUUUGCUGAAAAUGGUUGGAUUCAAACCUGUUGAUGUGCCCCCAACUGCUGCAGUUAAAUUCAUUGGUGCUGGUACUGCAGCCUGCAUUGCGGAUCUUGUUACAUUCCCCCUGGAUACUGCUAAAGUUAGACUCCAGAUUCAAGGAGAAAACCAGUCUUUGACUUCAAAUAUGAAAUCUGUCAAAUACAAUGGUGUGUUUGGCACGAUCACCACAAUGGUGAAGACUGAAGGACCAAGGAGUCUAUACAAUGGGUUGGUGGCUGGUCUGCAGCGGCAAAUGAGUUUUGCUUCUGUGCGCAUUGGGCUAUAUGACUCAGUCAAGCAGUUCUAUACAAAAGGAGCUGAACAUGCAGGAAUUGGAAGUCGCUUACUUGCAGGUUGUACCACUGGGGCUAUGGCUGUGGCUUUUGCUCAACCUACAGAUGUGGUUAAGGUCAGAUUUCAGGCUCAGGCCAACAUAAACGGUGGAAACCGAAGGUACCAAGGAACAGUGCAUGCCUAUAAGACUAUUGCCAAGGAGGAAGGUGUACGGGGUUUAUGGCGAGGAACUACACCAAAUAUUACCCGUAAUGCCAUUGUCAACUGCACUGAACUGGUAACCUAUGAUUUGAUUAAAGAUGCAAUUCUCCGGUCUAACCUUAUGACUGACAACCUACCAUGCCAUUUUACAUCUGCUUUUGGUGCUGGCUUCUGCACUACUGUGAUAGCUUCCCCUGUGGAUGUAGUGAAAACAAGAUACAUGAACUCUGCCCAUGGCCAGUAUAGUAGUGCCUUGAACUGUGCACUUACCAUGUUGACAAAGGAGGGACCCACUGCUUUCUAUAAAGGGUUCAUGCCUUCUUUUCUCCGUCUGGGUUCCUGGAAUGUUGUGAUGUUUGUUACCUAUGAGCAGCUGAAACGUGCCCUAAUGAUGGCUAGAUGCAGCUGGGAGUCUCCUUUGUGAAUGUUGUAGUGCACUGUCUUUGUCCUUUUUGUUCUGCUUUAUCUACCUCUUACCUCUUUUGUUUACUGUAGCAGACUUAAAAGCUGGACUUUUAUUUUGCAUGAAAAUGAAAUUUUAGUCUUUUAGAUUUCCGCUUGGUUAUUCUUGCUUUGUGUCAAGUUAUUCUUAAAUGCAUCCAUUCCUGCUAAUGGUAAUAAAGUCUUAGUAAAUCCAA